AUGCCGGAGAUUGGAAGCUUUCCCACGUAUACCAAGCAGUAUCACCAUGAGCCGUAUGCGGCAAUCUCCCCUACCCGUCCCGAGCUCUCUACUCAGGGGAAAAAUGUUGUCAUCACUGGUGGCGGAGGCGAGAUUGGGGCUGCCAUGGCUCUGAGCUUCGCCCAGUCUGGUGCUUCGAGCAUCGCUCUGCUGGGACGAACAGAAGCCGCCUUGUUGAAAAGCAAGAAGGCUGUCAACGCUGCAUACCCUGCCACAGACGUCCACAUCAUCCGAGCUGACGUCGCUGACGAAGCAUCUGUGCGAGCCGCACUGGAGAAGUUUGCGUCCGUAGCUGGGAGGAAGCUCGACAUUCUCGUGGCCAACGCCAGUGUUCUCCCUGACCCUGGGACGGUGCUGGCAUCCGAUGCGUCUCAGUGGUGGUCCGGAUUCGAGAUCAACGUGCGAGGGCAAUUCAACCUCGUCCGGGCUUUUGUGCCUCUGGCCGAGAAGAAUGCGACGCUCAUCAACGUGACGAGUUCAGUUGCCCAGUUCCCCUUUGUUCCGGGCUCUAGCAGCUACCACGGCUCCAAGCUGGCCGCUGUCAAGAUCUUUGACUACCUGCAUUUCGAGAACCCGGAGCUGAGGGUGCUGCAGUUUCAUCCUGGCGUGGUGCAGAGCAGCAUGUCGCAGAAGUCGUUUGAUUCGGGGAUUCCACGGCCUACAAUGGACGAUGCUUUCCUCCCUGGCAACUUUGCAGUUUGGUGUGCCAGCCCCGAGUCGGAGAGUCUUCGAGGCCGGUUUCUGUGGGCGAACUGGGAUGUCGAGGAGCUCAAGGAAAAGGCGAGCGAGUUUGAGGGCGGUUCGCAGCUGACCAUGGGUCUGGUUGGAUGGCCGUAG